AUAAAUUUUCCUUCAGCCCCCACUCUCCUUCUUGCUCUUCUAGCCAAACCCUAAAACAUCUCCGACGCCAUAACCAGAAGCUUUACAAGAAUCAGAGAAUGGUCCUACAGUUCCAUGAACAGAUAAUCGCUGAUCUCCUAGACGAUUCUAAUGGCGGCCUUGUCGUUCUCUCCUCCGGCCUCGCCCUCGCGAAACUCGUCUCAUCCAUUCUCCUCCUCCACUCUCCCUCCCAAGGUACUCUCCUUCUCCUUCUCGCUUCCUCCUCUCACUCUCUGAAAUCACGAAUUCUCCUCCACCUCUCAUCCUCUCUCCCCUCUGAGAUCACCGCCGACCUUCCCUCUCACCAUCGCCACUCGCUCUAUUCCUCCGGAAAGAUAUUUUUUAUUACACCUCGCAUCCUUAUUGUCGACCUUCUCACUCAAAAGCUUCCGGCGUCUUCCCUCGCCGGCAUCCUCAUACUCAACGUUCACGCCAUCUCCGAGACCUCCACCGAAGCUUUCAUUAUUCGCUUCGUCAAGUCCGUCAAUCGUACCGCCUAUGUCCGUGCCUUCUCAGAUAAGCCCCAUGCCAUGGUAUCGGGAUUUGCCAAGGCUGAGCGCAUUAUGAGAUGCCUUUUUCUCAGGAGGCUGCACCUCUGGCCUAGGUUUCAGCUCAACGUGUCCGAGGAGCUCGAGCGAGAACCGCCUCUCGUGGUGGAUAUUCGGGUCCCAAUGAGUAAGUACAUGGUGGGAAUCCAGAAGGCUAUCGUCGAAGUUAUGGAUGCUUGCUUGAAGGAGAUGAGAAAGACUAAUAAAGUUGACGUGGAGGACCUGACGGUAGAGAAUGGCUUGUUCAAGUCUUUUGAUGAGAUUUUGAGGAAGCAAUUGGAUCCCAUUUGGCAUAUUCUGGGAAAGAAGACCAAGCAGCUCGUUUCCGACUUGAAGACUCUGAGGAAGUUGUUGGAUUAUCUUGUUAGCUUGCAGGGUUAAGCCAAAAGGUUUUAAAAAGACCUAUUUCUGACCACUUUCCUAUUUGCAUUAUCCCGGAUGGUAUCAUUUGGGGUCCGGGGCUGUUCAGGUUGGAUAACAAAUGGUUGAAUUUGGCGGGUUUCAGGAAGUUGGUGGAGGAUGUGUGGAGACAGAAGAAUGAAAGUGGUACGGCCAGUUUUGUGUUUGCUUCCAAAUUGAAGAGGUUGAAGUUGGAGAUUAAAAAAUGGGCUAAGGAGGAAGAGGCAGAUCUGACAGAAUCCUCAAAGCCAAUUUUGAGGAGUUGGGGGAGUUGACCAUU